AUGGCACCCAUCUUCCUGUUAGUUGUUCUUUUACAGAUAGGAUGUGUUCAAAGUCAGGUAAAAGGCGGUAUCUUGGAAAUCCAUUACCCAGACAUCGUGCUGGAGACGGACGGAGAUGGUAACAUCACAUUUGGGGCGGGUUCUUCUGGCAGUGUGUAUCUGAGACCUGGAACUGGGGGGACGGUGCUGUAUCAUGACUUUGAUCUCCUCUACUUCAUCAAGAUCAUGCAGAGUUUCCCGCCAGUUUGGGGCGUCCCGUCAGCUGUUGGCUUCUUCGGCAAAUACAACGGCGGGGACUACGUCAACAUAACGCUCAACGCCAAGGAUCCGGAAGGGGAAGAACUGCUCUACACCGUCGUUGCCGGUGACCUUCCAACCGGUAUUGUCCUUGACCCCAGAAAAGGUGUCAUCCGGGGCUUUGCUCCCGACGAAAACGCAUAUUACGUUGUCACAAUCCGGGCAUCUGACAAUCAACACAAGCAUGCUGAUGCUGUCUUUCGGUUUGAGACGAAAGAUACCGACAGAUGCAAGCUUCUGACACCGUGUGAGAACGACGGACAUUGUGAGGAUAGGAAUGGCUUCUACAAGUGCAACUGUGUCGGGGUCUUCGGUGGCACGAAUUGCGAGAAAGCAUGUAAUGAAACAUCAUUCGGGGUAGACGCCCAUCACAAGCUCAUCCCCGACGCACAGAUGUCUGCGUAUCGGAGUCAAAACACCAGCUUUGCCUCUGAUGGCCGUCUGAACGGGAAGGGGUGGUGUGGGAUAGACCAGCGCUCCUGGCUCCAGGUGGAUCUCGGUCAGCUGAGGCUCGUCCACCGCAUGUUGAUGGAGGGGAUCACAACCAACCUCUACACCGGUCUCUACCAGCUGCAACACAGCAGGGACGGUCACUAACUUCCUCAACUACACACAGGCACCUGCAGCAAACUCCACAGCCUCACCCGUCGUCCUGAAGAUGGAGGGCAACAGUACGGUAACAGAGACGCUGUUACCCACAGUGCUGACCACUCGCUAUGUACGUUUCCUGCCCCUCAGCUACGGCACGGGUUUUAUCCCUGCAUGAGAGUCGACAUAUUCGGCUGCGACAUCUACUACUAGCCAUACAUAAACCAUGUCAGCACAGAGCUACAGAUUAAACUGAUAACCGUGUAA